CCAGGGCCCCGCGCCAGCCCAGGCCUCAACGCCCGCGCCUGGUGCCGGCCGCGCAGGUGUCCGGACGCGUCUCCUCCGAGCCCGUCGCCUCGCCGCCACCGCCUGCAAAUGCUCAGCUUCUUCUGGCUGAGGUGUCUCUUAAAAAUGGUGAAGGGGAAUAUUGUAGUCACGGAAGAUAUCUUGAGCUUCUGUUGCAAUGGCCUCCAGGACUCGACCUCUCCGCCGUGUGUCCGGCAGCCAGGGGAGCGGGAGGAGGCACCGGGGGCCAUGGCGAGCCCCUCGCCCGCCCGCAACCCCACCGAGGUGCAGAUGAGCCAGCUGGUGCUGCCCUGCCACACCAACCACCGUGGUGAGCUCAGCACUGGGCAGCUGCUCAAGUGGAUCGACACGGCCGCCUGCCUCUCCGCCGAGAGACACGCCGGCUGCCCGUGCGUCACGGCUUCCAUGGAUGACAUCUAUUUUGAGCACACCAUUAGUGUUGGGCAAGUUGUGAACAUCAAAGCCAAAGUGAACCGAGCCUUUAACUCCAGCAUGGAGGUGGGCAUCCAGGUGAGCUACGAGGACCUGUGCAGCGGGAAGCACUGCAGCAUCUGCAAGGCAUAUGCCACCUUCGUGGCCCAGGGUCCCCCCGGCAGCAAGGUGAGGCUGAAGCCGCUGAGCCCACAGACGGAGGAGGAGAAGAUUGAGCACAGCAUCGCUGCCGAGCGCCGCCGCAUGCGCCUGGUGCACAAAGACACCCUGAAGGACCUUCUCACUCGCAGCCCCCGCGACACUGAGCUGGAGACGCGGGACGGCAGCGCGGCGGUGCCGGCAGGGAAGACGCGGGUGGAGAGCGUGGAGCUGGUGCUGCCCCCGCACGCCAACCAUCAGGGCAACACCUUCGGAGGGCAGAUCAUGGCCUGGAUGGAGAACGUGGCCACCAUCGCAGCCAGCCGGCUGUGCCAUGCCCAUCCCACGCUGAGAGCCAUCGAGAUGUUCCACUUCCGGGGGCCAUCACAGGUUGGGGACCGCCUGGUGCUCAAAGCCAUCGUCAACAACGCCUUCAAAAACAGCAUGGAGGUGGGUGUCUGUGCCGAGGCAUACGGGCAGGAGAUGGAGGUGUCUGUCAGCCGCAGGCACAUCAACAGCGCCUUCAUGACCUUCGUGGUGCUGGAUGAGGAGGGCCAGCCACGCACGCUGCCCAUGCUGGCACCUGAGCCAGGGGAUGGAGAGAGGAGGUACAGAGAAGCCAGUGCUAGGAAAAAAAUUCGGCUGGACCGAAAAUACGUGGUCUCCUGCAAGCAGACGGAGGUGCCGCUCUCCGUGCCCUGGGACCAAAGCAACAAGGUUUAUCUGAGCUACAACAACGUCUUUGCGCUGAAGAUGCUGGUAGCCAAAGCCAACUGGACACUCGCCAGAGAAAAGGAAAAGGUGCGCAUGUACACACUGGAGGAGGACAAGUUCCUCUCCUUCCGCAUCGAGAUGUCGGUGGGCAUUGGCGCUGCCCGAGCCUUCUCCCUGCUCUCCGACCUGCGGCGCCGGCAUGAGUGGGACAGCCACUAUGCGAGUGCUGAGCUCGUCCAGCAAGUAGACAAUGAUGACAUGAUCUACCACGUAGUGAGCCAGACGCUGAGCCAUGAGAACAAGCCACAGGACUUUGUCAUCCUGGCAUCCCGACGGAAGCCUUGCAGCAAGGGGGACCCCUAUGUGGUGGCCUUUCGGUCAGUGACGCUGCCCACACAUCCCGCCAGCGCCAGCUUCACAAGGGGGGAGACGGUGUGCUCCGGCUUCUGCAUUUGGCCAGAGUCACAGGAAUCAAGCAAGGUCGCCUACUACAACCAGGCGACGCCGGGGUACCUCAACUACGUCACCAGCAAUGUGGCAGGGCUGUCCUCCAACUUCUGCUCUACCUUUGAAGCCUGUGAGAAGUUCCUGCUGAAGAACAAGGAGGAUCUGAUUGUGCGGCUGCAGGACCUCUAAAGCCCCAGCUGAUAGAUGGACAAACUGACAAGGGGGCACCUCAGUGGUGGGAGGGGACAUGAGAUGGGCCCUGCCUCCCGGGGGGCUUCGCCCUGAGCGAGGUGUCGGGGCUGGCUGAGGCCUGCUCCUCUGCCCCCUUGCCCCUUGCACUGACCUGUUGUGUCUUUUCUUCUUCCUUGUGGUUUUAGGUUUUUUUUAAUGUAGAAAUUUUAUAAGCUGA